UUUCUGUUUCCACCUCAUCCCUCGUGUUUGUUUCUGUCUCCCGUGUCUGUGUCUUUCCUUUCACUCCACAUUUCAACGCUACAGUUAUGGCUUGCUUUGAUGUCAAGGGGAGUCUGGAGGAGGAUAGCUAUGAAGGAGCUGUUGGUGGAGAGCUGUCUAGUUGUGCUUUGGCAAUGCUGGAAAAAGAGCGAGAAUCCCUUCUCAGCCCAUCAGAGAGCUCUGGUACCCUCAUCAGCGGCAACUCCACAAGUCUUCAGGCUGCUGUCCCCCUCCAGGGCUACGACGUGGAGUUUGACCCGCCCCUGGAGAGUAAAUACGAGUGCCCUAUCUGCCUCAUGGCUCUUAGGAAUGCUGUUCAAACACCCUGCGGUCACCGUUUCUGCAAGAACUGCAUUGAGAAAUCCAUUCGUGACACAGGACAGAGAUGCCCUGUGGACAACGAAAUGCUGUCGGAAGAUCAGCUGUUUCCUGAUAACUUUGCCAAACGGGAGAUUCUAUCACUAACUGUUUGCUGUCCAAACUCUGGUUGUGUUGAUAAAAUGGAGCUACGACAUUUGGAGAAUCAUUUGGCUCAGUGUCAGUUUGCGACGGCGCCUUGCCCACAGUGCCAGCAGUCUGUGAGAAAGAGCCACUUAGAGGAGCACACAACUGUUGAGUGCCAAAGGAGACCUGUGUCAUGUCCUGAUUGUGUGGCAUGCUUUGUUUAUGAGGAGAGCGAGCUUCACGAGCAGCAGUGUCCCUUUGCUAACGUGAAGUGUCAGUACUGUGAGAUGGAUCUCAUCAGAGACCAGAUUGAAUCUCAUUGUGACACAGAUUGCCCAAAAGCACCCAUCGCCUGUAACUUUAGCACCUUUGGAUGUAAGGAAAGGAUGCAGCGCCAUAACCUGGCACAGCACAUGCAGGAGUUCACACAGAUGCACAUGUGGUACAUGGCUGAGUUCCUGCGUGGCUUUAGCCUCAAUGGCACCACACCCAAAUCCCUGUGGGCGCAUGGACCUUCUGUUUCCUCAGAGGAUCAAGGAGCUGCAGCAUCGCUAUCUUCCUCUAGUGGGCUCAGAGGGGCUUCAGGCGGCAGCAUCAACUGUGCUUCGGCUCAGCCUAAUGACGAGAUGCAGCGGCUCAGAGAGAUGGAUGGACGAUUGGUGACGCAGGAUCACCGGCUACGUGAGCUCACCAUCUUAAAAGAAACACAGGCAGGUCAGCUUGUAGAGCUCCGGCGUAGGGUGUCAAUGCUGGAGGAAACUGUAAAGGCGCUGGAGGCCCAGCAGUGCCAUGGUAUCUUCAUCUGGCACCUCAAAGGUUUCUCUGCCCACCUGCAGAAACAAGAAGCUGGACUCCCAGUGGUCGAGCACAGCCCUGGCUUCUACACGGGCUACCCAGGCUACAAGCUGUGCCUGCGUUUACACCUGCAGACACCCAACGCCCCGCGCUGCUCCAACUUCAUCUCCCUGUUUGUCCACACCAUGCAGGGAGCUUUUGACGGGGAGCUGACCUGGCCGUUCCAAGGCACCAUCCGGCUCGCCAUCCUCGACCAGGGCCCCGAGGGUCAAAACCACAUGGAGGUGAUGGAAACUAAGCCAGACCUGCAAGCCUUUCAGAAGCCCACCAUCCAGCGCAAUCCCAAAGGAUUUGGCUACGUCACCUUCAUGCACCUGAAUCAGCUGAAUCAGAGAGCCUUUGUUAAAGAUGACACCUUACUUAUCCGCUGUGAUGUGACGUCGCGUUUUGACAAUAUGCCUCAUCGUGACGUACCAACGGUGCAGCCUAGAGGGCAUGAGGCAUCGGUUUCGAGGGACUAAAGUCAAACUCAUAUCUAUGGGAUUGUCAUUAUGCUGAUAUAUAUAUAUAUAUAUAUAUAUAUAUAUAUAUAUAUCAGUACAACACUUAUCCCAAUGUUUCAAUACUGCUUAGUUCAUUUUAUUGGUAGACAUCCGAAGGGAUAUCUAUCUAUAUUUUGUGAACAGCCAAAAUGCUAGUAUUUAUUUGUUUGCCAGAUUUUGAAUGCCAACUCAUAUUUUAUUUGAAUAGAUAUGAAGAUAUGAUAUGAAAAUAGAAAAAAAUACAUUCAUUUUAUAGUUAAUUUUGCAAUUUAUGUGCUUACCCACAUGGCACCAAUUGUUUAAAUAGUUCAUGUUCCUUCAGCUCCAGUUAAGGAUGUGUUCAUGCUGCCUGCAGACUGAGCAUUACUACAGACUUUGCUCUUUUCUUGUGGUUGCUGGAGUUGGUACAUUUGACAUUUACAAUAGUUUAAGACCUUUUUUAAAAUAAUUUUUGUACCUAUUCCUCUGCUAGCACACACACAAGGAUGCACAUGUACGUACAGAGAGUGAUGUCGUCCACAAUCUGUUUUAAAGCAAAAGCAUGAAUCAAGUCUGGUCAUGUCUUCUAAACAGAAGAAUGGCUAUGUAUGUCAGAUGAUUGGUUUCGUUUGUAUUACUAUGUUGGAUAGUUGGUUGUGGUAACAUGGUAAGGUUCCAAGAACUGUUCCAAGAGAGACUGAAGAAAAAGUGUAAAAGUUGGUGUAUUUAUGGAUGUUUAAAGACAAUGCAAGUUUGAGAAUAUUCACAGGUCUGCUUUGUGAGGAAGGAAAUUCAUUUAAUUGAGACCGUAAACGUGGUUGUGUUUACAAUAAAGCUCCACAGGGGGUUUAAAAGUAGGUCAUUGUCAGGAUAUGGAAUAUCAGUUUUCAAUUUCACGUGCUCAUUUAUUGAUUUUGUUUUACUCUUCUGACCUGAUUAUGUCUCUGUGACGCACACUCUUUGUCAACGUGGAUUUUUCUGUUUCAUCAACACUGUAUAUUUUUGCUGAAGACAUGACAGCGCAGCAGAAGUUGCUCAUUGUACUUUUAAUUUGUGCCUUUCACUCGUAGCUCCUGCCAAAUGUGACUUAUAAGGAUAUUUCAAGAGUAGAUGUACUGUAAAUCUCACAUCACAUACUCUGAUAUAUCAUGCUGCCUGCUAAGCUUUUACAGAUGUAGAUAAAGAUUUUAAGCUUGCUUUAUCAUCGUAUUGAUUUCACUGUAUAAACAAUAGUUACACUUAAAAAAUAAUAAAUGUUAAUACAAUAUUAAUAAUUGAAUGUUUGGAAUCAAAUGCUGCCUUGAAUUAAAGCUAAGCUAACUUCAGUAGACCAUACAAUGACUUGUUUUACAUUCUGACAAUUUACCUUAUUCUGAAAAACAUGUUAUUAAGAUUUCACAUUUACGUGAGUUGCUAAUAAAAUAUUACUUUCAUAUUCA